GAUAGCAGACGCGACCCCUCCAAUGAUGCAGCACCAACUAUGAGGAUUCAUUGGACUGUGAAGCUAAUUGAUGCCCUUCUUCUGUACCCCUGCGAGAUGCUAGAAGCAAUGAGGAGCUCUUGCAAAAUCUCGAAUCCCCGCGCCUCAAAUUGGAUCCAUGAGUUGUGAUUCCUCCUGGAUGGUCUCUGAACACUGCUGCUAUGGCUCCGCUUGCUGUCUCUCUCUGAAAUGUAGCAUCAUUGUUGCAUUUUAUCCAAUCCUUGGGUGGUGGAUGCCAGUGGAACCGUCAAAAUGUGCUAUAAUUUUCCUUAUAUUGAAGAUGACCAUGAUUUAAUCUGCAGGCUGAUAACUAAUUAAGUUGGUUAGUUGGGAUUUUUUUUUUGGGUCUGGAGAUUUUCCCUUCCUGAUAGUUUUAUUGGGUCAGGCCUUUUAAAUAAUGGGCCAGUCCAGGUCUUCGUGGGAGCACCUAUGAGAUGAGAACACGUAGGAUUUGUGACGUGUAAUGUGGUCUCUAGUUUCUACCCGCCCACAGUAGUGGACCCUCCUAACGAACUACGCGCUUCUGAGUUCUGAAUUCCCACCAAACAUACUUCAUAUCAAAAUUCAUAUUCCUUUCAUCUUAAUGACAUAUUUCUAUCUAUACUACAAAUUAAAAAACCUUCAUUAAUAUCAUCACUGCGAGCUACGAGCUGCAACUCCAACUUCAACUUCUGAUUUGGAUUCUAUUUCUGAAUUUUUUUUGUCCAUGUCAACGACGACGUCUUCGUCGUCGUUUCUUAAUGGCGAGAGAGCCGUUGUGCUAUUCUUCAUCGCUCAUAUACUCUUCUCUCUCCCUUUCUCUCUCUUACUCUCCCAUGGCGUCCCUCUUUCUCUCCUCGCCCUCGCAGCCUCCUUCAUUGAGAUCAGCUACGACGCUGCCGCUUCUUCCUCUUCCCUCUUCCGCACCAGACGCGGUGCUUCUUCCGGAAUCCUCCUCGGCGCCGUGACUCUCCCUGCUCUUCUACUCUCCAAAUUGACGCAAUUAUCAAGAGGAUUCUCAUUGGCACAAGUUAAUCUUCAAGAGAUUCACUAUACGACAUUGCAAUACUGGGCAACAUCUGCCACCAGCUUCGUGGUGCUCGUGUUCCUCAGUUUUGUUCUGUUGCACCGCACUCCGCUUUCGCGUAAGGAUUGGGGUUUAGGGUUUGGCUUGUGCUUCUUGUUCUUGCAAGCUUCACUGUGCGUUCUGGCACUUGCUUCUACCUCCUCCCAAAGUGGUUUGCAACUUGCAUUCAAGCUGUCAUGGGUCCUUGGUCAUGGAUUGGCAGCAGUGAUGCUAAUUCAGCAUUUUCUUGGAACUUUUCCAUCUUGUGCUUCCAUUGGGGAAGUACUUUUGGUGACCGCUGGUAUUGUUCUCUAUUUUGGUGACAUGCUGUUGCUUACUGUUAUGAGGCUAUGUGGACUACUGAUGUCAUCAGAUUUGGUCACUGCAGAGUAUGAAACUAGUCGAAGUGAGAUAGGCAUCAUUAUUCAGGGACUGCUGCUUGGCCUUCUGCUAUAUCCAAUACCUUUCAAAUAUAUUCUUCGUGUAUGGGAAUGGUCCACAAAUACAGCUUCUGCUGAGUCAAAAAGAUACUGUGAGAUUAGAAGAUCAAUUAUUUUCAUUUCUCUCUUUGUAUUGGUCAUGGUUGGGAUUGUACCAUUAUGGAUGCAGUUUGUGCAUGAAUUUCAUCUGCAUCCUAUUCUCUGGGUACUAUCCUUUGUUUUGUCAGAUCCAUUCAAAAGACUAUCACUGUGUAUCUAUUGGGUUUGUGUAAUAUGUCUCUCUGUGUUAUAUGUCUAUGACAUCUCCAAGAACAGUAGGGUUGAGAGAAUUCUUCUGCGGAAAUACUACCAUCUAUUGGCUGUCUUGAUGUUUGUACCUGCUCUUAUCUUACAGCCAGAGUUUCUUGAUCUGGGUUUUGGUGCAGCUCUGGCAGUUUUCUUGACAUUAGAAAUUAUUCGAAUAUGGAGAAUCUGGCCUUUGGGACAACCAAUUCAUCAGUUUAUGAAUGCAUUCACUGAUCACCGUGAUUCUGAUUUUCUAAUUGUCAGCCACUUCUCACUUUUACUGGGAUGUGCACUUCCUAUUUGGUUGUCUUCUGGUUACAAUGAUCGACCCCUUGCUCCUUUUGCGGGAAUAUUGAGUCUAGGAAUUGGAGAUACAAUGGCAUCAUUAAUCGGGCACAAGUAUGGUGUUCUAAGGUGGAGUAAAACUGGCAAGAAAACAAUUGAAGGUACUGCAGCUGGUAUCACGUCUGUUCUAGCUUCUUGCUGGUUACUCCUUCUAUUGUUAGCAUCAAGUGGAUACAUUUUCACCCAGCAUUGGUUCUCGCUGCUUCUAUCUGUGACUGUUAGUGGUUUGUUGGAGGCAUACACAGCACAACUUGACAAUGCAUUCAUACCACUAUUUUUCUAUAGCCUUCUAUGCUUGUAGAUGCUGCAGCUUCUUCCUUCCAAAAAAUAGAAGUUUAUCUUGGAUGAGCGGUAUUCACUAUUCAACAGAAGUCUUGAUGAUUUUUUAGCAUAUGCUUGCUUUGGCAUAUUCUUUUUGUAGAUAACUGUUAACCAAAUGCUGACAGCAGUGACAAUAAUUAUUUGAGAGUUAGGGAUGGUAUACAUAGCCAACAUAGGAUUGUUGUAUCUCUCCACAGAAAUGAUAGUCAUAGGAAUAGUGUAAAAGGGGUGAUGCCCUACAUGGUAGCAUGCUAUUUAUAGGAGUCACAAUUUUUCAUUUUUGAUUGCCACGAUGAAAAGUGUGGAAAACAGUUGAAUAUCAAAUGAGUUUUCAUUUUCAUUCUUUCAAUUUUCUCACGGGCAUUGCACAGGUUAGGCGAGAGGGAGAGAGAGUGUGUACUUGUUGAGAAUAUGGAUAAUAAAACUGAAAAUUGCUAUCA